AAGAAAUUCACAAACAUCAAAUUGCGCCCUCGACUUCUUCUCUUGUGAAUUUCUCUCCUUGCUCACACUAUCGAUAUUCGCCUGUCAUGAGCGCCACAAAGGCCCAGUCUCAAAAGAUCUUUGAGAAGUUAAAAGCGAAACCUGCGAACAAGAUAUGUUUUGAUUGUGGCCAAAAGAAUCCGACUUGGUCGUCCGUUCCUUUCGGUGUCUACCUAUGCCUCGAUUGCUCCUCGAAUCACCGAAACCUAGGUGUACACAUUUCCUUUGUCAGGUCGACGAACUUGGACGUAUGGCAAUGGGCUCAAUUACGGACUAUGAAGGUUGGAGGCAAUGAGUCUGCCACGAAAUUCUUCCAGUCCAACGGUGGCAGCGCAGCCCUCGCCAGCAAGGAUGCCAAAGUCAAAUACACUUCCAACGCGGCGAACAAGUACAAAGAGGAACUGAAGCGUAGAGCAGCGAGAGAUGCCGAAGAAUAUCCUGAUGAAGUGGUCAUCACCGACGAGACCCUUUCGACUCCCGCCGAUGGAUCAUCUGCGACGCCCGCAGGCGAACCAGGCGACGACUUCUUUUCUUCCUGGGACAAACCCAGCAUCAAGAGGCCUAGUAAUCCUCCUUCACGAAGUGGCACUCCACCCGUCGUUUCCCGUACGGCCUCGCCUUUCCUCUCCGCGGGCGGUGCAAACGGCUCUGCGGCACGACCCAAAUCACCUUUGAUCGGCGCCGGCGGCAACGACUCGGAGACUGCCCUCCCGGCUCCGACGGCCAUCCGCACGACAUCCUCAUCUGCGAUCCGGAAAGGACCAACCGGCGGUGCCGGAGCGAAACGGACGAACGUGUUGGGUGCUAAAAAGACGCAAAAGUUGGGCGCGAAGAAGGUCGUCGGUGAAGAAAUCGACUUUGAGGCCGCCGAAAAGGCGGCAAAGGCCGAAGCGGAGAGAAUAGAGAAGCUUGGAUACGAUCCUGAAGCCGAAAAGGCGGAAGAUUUGGCCAGAAACAAGUCUUCCUCUUUCGGCGCCGCAACCAAGGAAACAAACUCAACAUCUUCUGCCACCUCACAGGCAGGCCCAGCGUCUAGUGCCGCUCAUACACGCAGUCCCAGCGAGGUCGAGCGACUGGGCAUGGGAAUGGGUAGACUUGGUUUCGGGCAGAUUGGGUCGAAAGGUGGUGCCGGUGCUGCCUCUUCUACAGCACCAGCACCGAAGAAACUCGGCUUUGGCAGUGUCGGUGCCAGCAAAGCACCUGUCGAAGGUGAAUUUUUUCCCCCCGUUGCUUCCCUCUCAUCUCUCUGUCCGAUGCUUGUCGUCCGAUACUGACAAACCACUUUUUCAUAAAGACGAAUCAGAACAGUACGCGCGCCAGAAAUUCGGGACCCAAAAGGGCAUAUCGUCCGACGAGUUUUUCGGCCGCGGUGCGUUCGACUCCAACGUCCAGGCCGAGGCCAAGACGCGCCUUCAAGGGUUCGAGGGCGCGACGAGCAUCUCGUCCAACGCCUACUUUGGGCGCCCCGAGGACGACGUGACCGGCCUCGAGAACGGCGAGUACGGCGACCUCGAAACCGCGGCCAAGGACUUUGUUCGCAAACUCGGUCUCACGGCCGGCGACGACCUCGAGAACCUGAUCAACGUGGCCGGCGAGGGUGGGAGGAAAUUGAGGGGUGCCGUGGCGAGGUAUUUGAACAGUUAGAUUGGGACACACUCAUCAUCUCGGAUUUCACAUUACAUACCCACCUAGGUGGUGUUGUUGUUGUCGUUGUUCAGAGAAGAGUCUCACAUGACGAACGAGAAAAAAACCUGUCAAACAGGUAUCGGUACGGGUUCGAGGGAUUAGCUAGGGAAGCGAGGGUUGGCAAGAAUUUUCUUCUUCUUUUUCCUGCGACAAUGAAAACGAGUUUUUGUUGAAUAUUAGAGCUCACGCAAAAUGAUGUCUACUCUGUAUCCGUACCAGUUGCAUUAAAUACCUAGGUAUGCAGUACUUCUAUUCAAGUGAAACGAGUACACACUCCUCCCAGCCCAAACC